AUGACCAGCAAAGCCUUUCGUGCUUUGGGAUUCAUAAGGCGUCACUCUACUAAUUUUAGUUCUGCCAACUGCUUUCUAGCUCUUUAUAAUGCUUUAGUCCGUUCGGUCAUUGAAUAUGGGUCUAUUGUUUGGUCACCAUAUACCACAGUUGACAUUUCUCGGAUUGAUCGUGUACAAAACAGUUUUAUGCGUUUCACCGGUUAUUGCCUCAACAUUCCUCAUCCGCCACAUGAUUAUGGGCCAGUAAGCCAAGUUCUGAGACUAAUUCCCCUUUCUGUAAGGCGUGAUAAUUUUGAUAUCACUUUUAUUCAGCGUCUGAUCGAAGGUCAAGUUGAUGCCCCAAGACUACUUGGAGAACUUAGCUUUCGUAUUCCUAGUAACACUAGGCUUCAGUGUAAUUUUUAUAUACCCACCAAUAAAUCGAACUUCUCCAGGAAUGCCCCACUUAUAAGGAUGAUGCAUAAUGCAAAUAAUCAUAUAGACUACUAA